AUGGAAAUCCGACAGCUUCAUAGGAGUCUGCACAAUAACAUGGGAAGAGUAUUGGCAGUGACGAUUACCAACGAGCCUUUGGUCACCAUUGGUGAUGAAGCAACGGUAACUUGUUGGUUUGCUGGCAUGUUUAGCUACAUUCGAUGGAGCAGAAGCUCAACUGACGUCAUUGAUGUGACAAAUACAAACGCCAUCCUAGAGUACAGAAUACACUCUGUCGUCUAUGCCGUAGGCGUAGAUAGCAAUCACUACAACUUCGAGGUGUCUAGUGGCAGAUAUAUCUUAACAGUGAAGUCUGUUACUUUGAAUGAUGGAGGCAAAUAUUGGUGUGAGAUCGUUGAACUUCCGCCUAAUCCGUACACGGACGAUGUUGCUUUUACAGCUUUUGAAAUUCGGGUGCCACCAAGUUCUAUCACAGUCACCUAUGAUUAUGUGCAAUACAACGACGGAGCUGUCUUCUCCGUGGUUACUGGGAAUGAUCGUCACUUCACCUGCUCCACACCAGGUGUUAAACCUGCAGCUACCUUUAGCUUCAAGUUGUUGAAUGUGAACACGACAGAGGAGCUUCAAGGGACUGUACUGAAUUCUUCAAACGUUCAGGACAACAGAUUGGUGGACAGCUCAUUUUUUACCACUGUCGAUGUCACCGACAUUCCAGCAACACUGCAGCUGUCGUGUGAUGCAAAUAAUAAACCAGAUGGGUUGAAUGAGGCAGGGAUUGGAGCCAUUGUCACGAUUGAGGUUAAAGUUCCACCAAAGACGUCACAAAUUGCAAUAUCUGAUGCCGAUGGUCAGGAUCUCGUCGAUGGAACAGCAAUUGUUGAGCAAGGGAGGGGGCACAUGUUUACGUGUGUAGUUCAAGGGUCCCGACCCGCUGCCGAAGUCAGGUGGUUCCUUGGUGGGGUACCGCAACUCUUAGAGGUUGAAAGUAGUGUCGAUCGAAAUGCCAGUAAUGACUUGUAUGACACCAGCAGCAACUGGACAUUCAUCCCUACCAGAAACCAACAUGGGUUGGAGGUAAGGUGCGAAGCAAGCACAGCCGAUUCGGUGGAUCCACUGCCACACACCGUGAUCAAGUUGGACGUCUACGGACCACCUGGGUUCCCCACAAUAACAGGCGACAAGAACAUGGUUGAAGAUAUGACAACUACAUUAACAUGCACGGCAGACGGUGGAUAUCCAGAUGACUGGAACCUGGUCUGGUACAACAGAAAUGCUGCCUUCAACAUGAGCACGACCACAGUGUCGAAUUCGACUAAUGGUCGAUUUAUGUUUACCAGUGUGUUGCUGUUGACGCCCAAUAGAGCUGACAACGAAAUGAACAUCACGUGUUUUGCGAAGAGAGGUUCAUGGAGUGGUGAUGAAUCAAGUGUUUGGGGACCUGUCAAUGUUCGAUUUUGUACAUCCAACGUUCGUGUGACAGACUGUCCAUUCGUAGCUGUAGCAGGAUUAGAUCUGACGCUCAGCUGUGUAUCUGAGACUAGUAACCCACCCACAACACUUGUCUGGUUAACAGACAAUGACAGCAAUCUCACAAGCCCUUCAAAUCAAUCGAAUUACUCUGUUGGAGGAUAUGGCGGAACAGUCACAUUACAGACAUACACGACAGGUAUCCUGAGCGUAAGCAACAGUGGCGAUGUGUUGCAGUGUUGUGCUACAAACUCUGCAUUAGACUACUGUUCUCAGAACGUCUGCGACUCGUGCGCCCUCAACGUUCAGUUACCAGCCGCUCUGACGGUUACCAGUGAACCAUGGGUUACAAUUAGAACCGAUACAACACUUGCCUGCUUUGGUACUGAGAUUGACUCCAGAACACUGAAUUCCCUCACAUGGCUACGGAGUCAAGUUAAUAAUUCAGAUGUCCACAGUGCAACCCAGCUCGUAAAAUACACGAGAGGAAAUCUUGAGUUCGCUGAUGGUAUCGAUAGCAACCAUUAUGAGUUUCAAACAUCAAAUGGCAUCUUCACACUGACCAUAAAGUCCGUGUCCCUGGAGGACGAUGGUAAAUAUUGGUGUGACAUCAUCGAGUCCCCUCCAAAUCCUGCAACAGAGGAUACAGCAUACGGUGUUCUCCGGACAAGAGUUCCCCCCACUUGGGUUGAAAUCACAUAUGACGGUGUUACGUACAGCGCCCUGGACACCGUCUCCGUUGUAGCUGGAACAAACCAUAUGUUCUCCUGUUGGGUUCCUGGUGUCAAACCAGAGGCCAACAUCACUUUGACUCUCAGUGAAGGCAACAAAACCAAACAGCUUCUCGGGAACCAAACAUACCGUCCAAACAGUGAUGACAGUAGGCUGAUGGAUAGCUGUAACACGGUGUAUAUGUCCAUUGCACAGAGCCCGGCUAAAUCCCAAUUGACAUGCAGUGCUACUAACACACAAGAUGGAUCAACGAAUCCUGACGUUUAUGUCAUUGUCAAACUCUCAAUCAAAGUUCCACCAGGAUUUCCCAUGCUGUAUGAUAUCACCGGUCCACUUAACACGGGGACGACGGUGUUGGUAAACCAGGGUGAAACAUUCAACUUUACGUGCGAAGUACUAGGUACCAGACCAGCUGCAUCUCUUGACUGGUAUCUAAAUGGCGUCAGGCAACUUGCUACGAACCAAACUACGACCUUGGAUGAUGCCACUGAACUAUUUGAUACUAUGGGUGUUUGGACAUUUAUACCUGGGAGAGCAGAUCACAAGCAGGAAGUAAAGUGUGAAGGGACGACAGCAGAAUCACAAGUACCAUUUCCAGCUGCAGUUGUCACCCUGGAUGUCUAUGGGCCGCCAGACUCACCGACGAUAACUGGCAACACACCGCUGAUCGAGGGAGUCAACACCCUUCUGACAUGCUCAGCUGACAUGGGGUAUCCUAAUGAUUGGAUUUUGGUGUGGUACACGGGUGAAAUACUUCAAAAUAAUACCAUUACCGUGGCAACAUCUUCAAGUGAUCGCUACAAGUUUCAGAGUACAUUGGAUUUUACACCAGAGAGAGAUCUCAAUGGCAAGUCCAUCAAGUGUUCAGCCAAAAGAGGAUCACUGACCACUGGUCCAGAUGGUGGCAUAGGUCCAGUAGCGGUUCAGUUUUGUGCUUGGACUGUGAGUAUCGUUAAAUAUCCCCUCGCAGUGUUAGAAGGCAGUGCAGCGUCGCUUACCUGUACUUCGGAAAGUAGCAAUCCAGCUGCUACACUGAUAUGGUCAAAGGAUGGUAUUACCCUGCCAACCUUCACCGAUCACGUGGUGACCGACGAUGUCCCAAUGUUCAUCUUGCCCGUAAUGCCUUCUAGUCAAACCGUCAACGAAGGUGACAACAUGACCCUUACAUGUAUUGCAGACGCUAACCCGAAGCCCAACGGCUUCAUUAUCUGGGAGAAGUUUAAAGAUGGAAAAUGGACGCAGGUAGACGUUGAAGAUGGAGAAACCGCUGACGGCUGUAGUAACCUGAAUUUGAAUGUCAUAGCACGACACCAAGCUGGACGAUACAGAUGUAAAGCAGACAAUGGUUUGCAUCAGGACGAAUACAGGAAAUACUCAUCGUCAAUGACUGUCAUUGUUUACUACGAGGCCCGUAUCUCAAUGAAGACACCCAAUCACCUGGUUAUCAAAAACGGAACAGACGCCGUGAUGUCGUGUACAGCAUCAGGCAAUCCUGCACCUACCAUAGAGUGGUUUAGUCCAAGUAAUGCAUCGAUAACCAAUGGCACUGAUCUGAAGAAGUUCCUGCUGGAAUCUUCCACUAGCGCCGGGAAUCAGCUAGGCGGUUUUGAGGUUUCCAGUGUUUUGACGAUCAUAGCACUGAUUCAUCAAUUUGACUAUGGAACGUACACCUGUACAACCUCGAACGGAGUUGGGCAAGAUGAUUCGCUGAAAUUGACCAUCACUGACACGAGAAUACCUGACAAGCCAACCAAUGUCGAGGUAGUUGGUAGAACCUCAAGCUCCCUAGUUAUCAGAUGGAGGCCGGCCUAUGAUGGAGGGGAAGAUCAGACGUUCCUUAUCACUCAUAUAAAGACAUCUGAGUCUCCAUUCUUGGAGGUAUACAGUGGACAGGUGGAUGGAGACCGGAGUUCCUUCACCAUUGUAGGGCUGGAAUCGUCUACUGAGUAUGAAAUCAGAGUCUACGGUGAAAAUUCAGUUGGUAGGAAUGAAGACUACGGACAUACAACAGGAAACACAUUGAGUAAGUGAAAAAUACCGCGUCAAAGAUCGAAUGCUUAAACGGAAAUAAGGACUUUAAAUAGACAGAUUUCAAAUAUAACAUUCGAAAAACAACUUGUGUGCAGUU